CUCUCUUUAACCUCCUCUGCGAUGCCACUCCCUUCUUUCUCUCUCUCACCAACAUAACAUAACAUAACAUAACCCAAAUCUCCCUCUCCAAUUUACCCGCCAAAAAGGCAUUACGCAAUUUAACGUCUCAAUUUAUUUUCUCUGGUUUUUCAAAAAUUUAAACCCCUCUCUGCUUCGUCUUCCUCCUGUCGCUCCCGCUCCUUCUCUAGGGUUUCUCUUUCUCAUUCUCUUUCCUUUUUCCUCUCAUCUCAAUCUUUCUCUGUGUCUGCUGCUGCUGCUGCUGCUGUUGCCUCUCUUUUGAAGGUUAUAUUGAUACGACUCCGUUUCACGAGCUUAUCUAUGUGAGGGAAUGGAGGCGUCGGUUAGUAACGAGCCUGGGAAUGAUUCGUCGGAGGCGGUGGCUUCAUCGGCUGGCGAGAAGAGAACUUUGGAGAAUGGGGAGAACGGAGAAACCGAAGAGCUGUCCGUUCGAUCGCCGAAGAAGCUGCGAUGUGGUCUCCAGGAGGAGAUGAAGAGAGUGGCGGAGAUAGUCCUGGUUUUGUCGGCUAUGGGAAAGAUGCGCGGCGGGAAGGGCCCGACGGAUGCGGAGGUGAAGUUGAUGGCGGAGGCCAGGGCGAAAUUGGUGGAGAUGUGCCGAGAAUUCGCGCCCAAGGAUAUUGUAGGUAGGGAUGCUAUUGGAGCUGUAAUUGAGGAUUUAGGUCUCAAUGGGAAGCUUAAGGACCAAAGGUUAGGGUUUCGGGGUCCCAAAUUGACAAUUUCAGAAAAAGUCUCGCUGGCCAAGAGGAAGAUGGAUGAAUCCAAGAAACUUACUGCACCUUCCACUACAUUUACACCUCAUCCAUUGCAACAAAGCGUUGGUGCAGCUACUGAAAGACCGAGUCAUCCGCCUAUAGGUUCUGCUACGCAUACUGUUCGUAUAAUACCAACAGAUAAGCCAAGUCAGGCUCCUCUGUCUUCAGGAGGCUUUCAAGGUUCUUCACGGCCAGGACAUGUUACGCCAGCAAUCAAUACAUCUCUACAACAUCAAUUCCACACCGGUGAAGUGAAAGCACCUGUGGUUUCAGGUGGGUUACCUGGCGGCCAUUUCACUCCUAGGUUUGAGAGAUCGCAGACCAAAUUGGAGGGAGGACUCAAUGGUUCGACUAAUGCAGCCCAAGUAACAGGUUGGUUUCAAUUCUCAUGUUGCGGGUGUAAAGAAAUUAACAUGAAAUAGGCCUGGAACAGGGGG